AUGGCAUGUAGAGUCGUAGCAACUGAUGAUGAAACGGGUGGCGGUGAAGACACUCCAGCCAUGUCUGGCUGGAUCGAAGUUUCAGCCGCCUCUGACGUGGAUGAUGAGGGGAUACGCAGCUCGUUGUCGCAGGAUGUUAUGACGUUUGGGGGUGGGAUGUCCCGCGGAGGGCUCUCUGCUGCGGCAGUGGCGGGCAUAGGUAUCGCGGCGGGAGUAUUACGGCGUGCUCGUUCCCCCCCCAUGCGCUCCCUCCACUUCCCCCGCCACUGUCACUCCCCUUCCUCGUCACGUUCUCUCCCCUUCCCCCUCGCUAGCGUGCUCGUUCCCCCCCCAUGCGCUCCCUCCACUUCCCCCUUCACUAUCACUCCCCUUCCUCGUCGUGUUCUCUCCCCUUCCCCCUCGCUAGCAUGCUCGUUCCCCCCCCCAUGCGCUCCCUCCACUUCCCCCGUCACCAUCACUCCCCUUCCUCGUCAUGUUCUCUCCCCUUCCCCCUCGCGCGCGUGCACUUUCCCCUCCCAUGCGCUCCCUCCACUUCCCCCGUCACUGUCACUCCCCUUCCUCGUCGCGUUCUAUCCCCUUCCCCUGGCUAGCGUGCUCGUUCCCCCCCCAUGCGCUCCCUCCAUUUCCCCCGUCACUAUCACUCCCCUUCCUCGUCGCGUUCUCUCCCCUUCCCCUCGCUAG